ACUUCCGGUUGCUCUCCUCACUUCCGGGAGGCGCGAGAGUUCCAGCGCCUGUCAAACAAGUCUGAAGUUGUCCGGACAGGAGGAAGAUGUACCCGGCGGCGGGGACACCGCGGCCGCUUAAGGCCUCUUUAUCGCAGGAAGCCGUUUCAGCGGCAUGAACACCGGAGCGCGCGGGUUUCACGGCUAGCGGGAAGCAGCAGCGGGAACGCCGCCGUCAUUCGGAGCGGGUUAGCGCCUGCUAGCCAGGUAGCAGAGCCGCUCCAGUGAGCUGGGAGGCCGUUUACGUCCGGAGUACAUUCGGGAGAGUUUGCGGGGAGCAUGGAGAACACGCAGAAAGUACAGAUGAGGAACAACCCUCGCAGGCAGCUGAAGAAGCUGAGCGAGGACAGCCUGACCAAACAGCCGGAGGAAGUGUUCGAUGUCCUGGAGAAGCUGGGAGAAGGGUCGUACGGUUGUGUGUUUAAGGCCAACUAUAAAGAAACCGGAGAGAUUGUUGCCAUCAAGCAGGUUCCUGUAGAGUCUGAUCUCCAAGAGAUCAUCAAGGAGAUCUCCAUCAUGCAGCAGUGCAACAGCCCUCAUGUAGUGCGAUACUACGGCAGCUACUUUAAGAACAGCGACCUGUGGAUCGUCAUGGAAUACUGCGGAGCCGGGUCCGUCUCCGAUAUCAUCCGGAUACGCAACAAGACGCUUUCAGAAGAGGAGAUCGCCACUGUGGUGCACUCCACCCUGAAAGGGCUGGAGUACCUCCACUUCAUGAGGAAGAUCCACAGAGACAUCAAAGCGGGGAACAUCCUGCUGAACGCCGAGGGCCAGGCCAAACUGGCCGACUUUGGAGUUGCUGGGCAGCUAACGGACACCAUGGCAAAGCGAAACACCGUGAUCGGCACGCCGUUCUGGAUGGCUCCAGAGGUCAUACAGGAGAUUGGUUACAACUGUGUGGCAGAUAUCUGGUCCCUGGGAAUCACAGCUAUAGAGAUGGCGGAGGGCAAGCCGCCAUAUGCUGACAUACACCCCAUGAGGGCGAUCUUUAUGAUUCCCACCAACCCGCCUCCAACCUUUAGGAACCCGGAUCUGUGGUCUGAAAACUUCAGAGACUUUGUCAGCCAGUGUCUGGUGAAGAAUCCAGAGAACCGGGCCACGGCCACACAGUUGUUACAGCAUCCAUUCAUCAAGUCAGCCAAACCCAACUCCGUCCUGAAAUCCAUGAUCACCGAUGCCAUGGAGAUUAAACUGAAGAAACAAGAGGAGGCGCUGCAGAGGGAGCAGGAAGCGGAGGACGAGGACAACUCUGAUGAGGACGAAGUGGACCAAGGGACCAUGGUGCGGGCCGGAACAGGCGACUCCGGAACCAUCCGAGCUGCCGGCUCUUUAGCGAGAUCUCUGAGUGACACGUGUCGGACCAUGAUCGAGCACGAGGACACGGGAACCAUGCAGUCACAGCUCGGAACCAUGGUCAUCAACUCUGACGAGGAAGACGAGGAGGAAUGUGGGACUAUGAAACGGAGAGAUGAGACGAUGCAGCCCGUCAAGCCCUCCUUCCUGGAAUACUUUGAGCAGAAGGAGAAGGAGGCGAACAUCCAGAACGAUGGAGGGCGGAAAGGAGAAAACCACGCCGACAACCGCAAACUGCCUCUAGAUGGAGAUCUGGAAGGGGUGAUGACGUGGUCGGUGGAGGAGCUGCGGAAGAGGCUGGCCUCUCUGGACCCUCAGAUGGAGCAGGAGAUCGAGGAGAUCCGCCAGCGCUACCAGGCCAAGCGGCAGCCCAUCCUGGACGCCAUCCAGGCCAAGAAGCGCCUGCAGUGAGCGGCUCGUGAACCCGCCCCAGAGUGUGGAGCCCCCGCACUCUGGACCACCAAGAGGGUGCUUCUGAAAACUACUUGGGACGCGACCUGCUGAUUUAAUAAGUCUGGCUGCUAGAAGAGCCGGUUCGAUUCCACGAGCUCGUUGAGGAGGUCGGCGCUGUUGGUGUUCUUCUGUGCGCCGCUGAUGACCAUGGAAGUGCUGGUUGAUGGACCACCAGCUGAUCUGCUUCAUCUGUGCCGGAUCAGCCUAAAGACGCUUUGGAUCGUGGUUUUUCCCGCCGAAUGAGCAGCUGUUUCUGUCUAAACGGGUUUGUGAUGCUGGAAAGGAUUCUGCUGUUUACAUGGUCAGUCAUGGAGCAAUCGUUUUUCUUUGUGUUUGUGGAGUUUAUGGAGACAUUUUAGCUUGAUGGUAAAGGAUGGAAGUUUCCUCAACGCUGAUCUGAAACUCACAGGUGGACUCUAACGUCCAAGUGAACUUUCAGUUUGGAUCAUUGAAUGUACCAAAAGUGAGUUUGCUGUUCUUGACUAUGCCUUGGUGUGGGAAGUGUUCCCCGUCGUCUGUCUUUAGUACUUAAAGAACGUUCUGGAACGGUGCCAGCAUGCUGCUCUCUGAGCCCCAACGCCACCAGCUCAACUUCCAACAUUCCUUCAAACACGCCCAAAGGUCCGUUCAGAGCCGCACGCCGCCGACGGGACGCGCCUCUCAGGACACCAAACCUCCUCAGGGCUGUAGAAUAGUUUCUGAAUGAAGAUGAGCUGGAGGGUUCCUGCUGACGAACACUCCCAGAGGAUCAGGUACUGAUGAAGGUCUGAGCUCAUCUUCAUCUAUACAGGGGGGAGGGGGGGUGUUCUGAUGCACAGAACCUUUCAGCUGGAAUCUUUAAGCUGUAAAUCUGAAAAUCUUUGUUUAAUUUAUCAUUGGACCACAAGUCUGUUACAGACGGGCCUGAAGGGAGGCUGGUCCUGCUGAGCGCGCUCUUUAGGGGUUUUGGAUCGGACUGUAGGAAGAGAGAAGUAAAGAACCGCCUUCAGAGAAGAGGAGGCUGAGAGUCCCAAUCUAGAGAAACUACUUCAGCUGAUCUGCCGCCGCGGUUCUGAACCUUCACCGCCGCCGCGGCAGUCGGUGUCUGCCUUACAGGUGGGGGGUGCAUUCCUCUGUCUUUGCUGUCUUUAAUAAAGAAAACUGGACCCGUGCA